GUAGCCUCCGCCUCAUCUCCCAUUUUUACUUUUUAAAAAAAAAAAAAAUCAUUUUUCUUGUUCCAAAUCCUCCCUUCCUGAAUCCAGAUUCCCUUUUAUCCAUCCACCUAUUCGCCAUGAAGAGCUGACGAAUUUGUUUUCUUGAUUGGGGUCCUAGGGUUUCAUCCCUCUUUUCCUAUCUAUGGUUUGUCGCGGAAGAAAUUUUAGGUGAGCCAAGGCUAUGGCGGCGAAUGGGCAGGGGAUAGAGCCUGCCUUGUUGGAUGACAUAAUUAAUCGCUUGCUCGAGUUCCGCAAUGCGCGGACUGUGCGUCAGGUGCAGCUCUCCGAGAAUGAGAUCCGUGCUCUCUGUACCACGUCUCGGGAAAUCUUCCUCUCUCAGCCUAAUCUUCUCGAGCUAGAAGCUCCGAUUAAGAUAUGCGGUGAUAUUCAUGGGCAAUAUGGGGACCUUCUACGGCUAUUCGAAUAUGGGGGAUUUCCACCAGAGGCCAAUUAUUUGUUUUUAGGAGAUUAUGUGGACCGCGGCAAACAGAGUUUAGAAACUAUAUGCCUUCUUCUUGCCUACAAAAUCAAGUAUCCUGAGAAUUUCUUUCUCUUAAGAGGAAAUCAUGAAUGUGCUUCCAUCAAUAGGAUAUAUGGAUUCUAUGAUGAAUGUAAACGUCGAUUCAAUGUUCGACUCUGGAAAGUUUUUACUGAUUGUUUUAACUGCCUUCCUGUGGCAGCUCUUAUAGAUGAUAAAAUACUCUGUAUGCAUGGUGGGCUUUCUCCCGACCUGACAAACUUGGACCAAAUAAGAAAUUUACCUCGUCCGUCUGAUGUCCCAGAUGCUGGUCUGCUUUGUGAUUUACUUUGGUCUGAUCCCAGUAGAGAAAUGAAAGGUUGGGGAAUGAAUGAUAGGGGAGUCUCAUACACAUUUGGUGCUGAUAAGGUCGCUGAAUUUUUGAUGCAGCACGAUAUGGACCUCGUGUGUCGUGCUCACCAGGUUGUAGAAGAUGGAUAUGAAUUUUUCGCCGAUAGGCAGCUAGUUACUAUAUUUUCUGCUCCCAACUAUUGUGGCGAAUUCGACAAUGCUGGUGCCAUGAUGAGUGUUGAUGAGAGUUUGAUGUGCUCUUUUCAGAUUCUGAAACCAACUGAUAGAAAGCGGUUCUUGUAAAAGCUAGUACGAUAACACCUGUCCCAGUUCUCCUUGGCUGCCCAGAGGUUCUCGAUCAUCUGUGUCCCUCAGAAGAAGCCCGCUGCUUAAUCUGUGCAGAAUGUAGAGAUGUGAGCAUUCCAGUGCCAUCCGGGAUGAAUUAGGUGAUCUUGUUCAUCACUGUCCUGAGGUUUUCCGGAAGGACUUAUUUCGUAAGCUCUGUAUUUUUAAUUUUCAUCGACUUUUUUUUAUCUUUAAUUUUCUCUAUACGACUUUAUGAUUUGGCUGUGUAUAUACACUUCUAUAUAUCGCAAUUACAAUUGUAAAUUGUUGCUGGUUUUGUGAAGUUGCACUGGGGCGAUUGAUGUUCUA